ACGAAAAAAGCCAAGUCGGAGUCUACGGUGACUGGCAGAGCCAAAGAGUGAGUGAGCGAGCUGUCAUCAGGAGAGGAGAAAAGACAGUUUAAAACCGUUAAUCCGGACAGACUGUGCUUCUAUAGCCGUUGAAGUACGACCGCUUUUUCAAGUCAUGCAGUCGACAGGAAGUACUUCCUCCCAGCCCGUGUUUGAUUCGCUGAGCUCUGGUGACAGCUUCCUGGCCAGCGACACAGAGGACUCCGACGUUUUCCUGUCGGAGGGCGAGGUUGCCCCGGGCAACAGCUCGGGUCGGUCCAGCCGGGGCGCGUACAGUCUAGACGGUGCCGGGGUCGCGAGCCCAGGGUCACAGUGGGCUUGCGACGGGUUUAACGACCCUAACAAUGAUUCCGAGAGGUCAGAGGUCACGGGCCAUCGCACGAGUUCCAUGUCGACGUCAGUUUCGUCCUCGUCGGGCGCGUGGAGCGGGACAGAGAGUGAACGAGGCAGAGAGAGAGCAGGGGAGACAGAGGGGGAUCUGCUGUUUGCAAGAAAGUGUUCUGAGUUACAAGGUUUUGUGAGACCACUGCUAGAGCUGCUGAACGGACUGAAAAAAGGACGGUUUGACAAAGGUCUGAGCAGUUUCCAGCAGAGUGUUGCCAUGGACAGAAUACAAAGGAUUGUGGGAGUUCUGCAAAAACCUCAUAUCGGGGAGAGGUAUUUACCCACUCUGUUACAGGUUGAGAUGAUGUUGAAACUGUGGUUCCCUCAGGUGUGUCCGACAGCCCCCACUGUCUCUGUCCCCCCCCCACUGUCCACCCCCAACUCUCACAGCAGCAAGAACAGUCAGACCACCACGCCCGUACACAAACACAGAGACCAGAGACACAUUCCCGUCAAGAAGCGGAGACUUAGUUGGUCUGAUACAGACUCUUCAUCUGCUCCUUCGCCUCCUCCUGUCCUGUGCAAGCGCUUCCAGGUCAAAGGCGAAGUGCAGCCGUGUCAUAGGCUGAGAAAGGAGGAAGGGGAGGGCUCCUCAAGUGCUCCUCCCCCCCGGGGUCCAAACAGUCAGCCAGAUGAGGAGGAGGGCGAGAGGUCGGGUUGUGAGGUCAAGUCCUGGUCCGAGCCCAACCUCACAUGGGUCCACGUUGCCCCCAUUUUCUCCCCCCCAAAAUCCUGCCCCUCUCACGAGAAUUACCUUCUCCUCGCGGUUACGCCCCCCACCAGCAGGGACAGUCCAGUCACGCAAGACAGCUUCAUCUCCUCCACCACGCCCUCCGCCGAGCCAACCGGGUGCCAAAGCCAGCCUGUUACCACGGAGACGCCCAAGCCGUCGCACGGGCCUCCACCAAUCACGUCGAAGCCUUCGAGUAGGGCGGAGCUUGAGCAGAGCACACAAAGCCCUUUACAAACUUAAUGCACUAUUUGCGUGUGAAAAGAAACCAUCUUUAAAAAAAAAAAAGAUGAAUGAUCGAAGAAACCGAAAAUUGGAUCAUGAGGAGGAAAAAAAGAGAUAAGAAGACAGAAGUGGGUCUUUUGAAAAUG